AUGUGUCAGAAGUAUCAUAUUCUCUUACUUCUUACACUCUGUUGUGAGUCAUAUGCUCAAAUAGAAGAUGGGGGAAGAUAUAGAUCUUCAACAGCUAUUCUGCUUUUGUUUGUUUAUGGUACCAUUUUAGCUGGUGUUGUUAUAAGAUACUUAAUUGAGUUACUCCAUAUACCAAUUCCCUUUCAAGUUUUCAUUCUGAUAUUAGGUGUUAUAAUUGGUUACGUGGGAGGAAUAUUCAGAUCACAAACUGAAGAAUUCCUUGGAACGAUCGAAGCUAGAAAUAAUUAUCUUCUGAUAAUUGCGCUUCCUUUAUUAAUUUACAAGUUAUGUUUAUGCUUGGAGGUUCAUUCUUUUAUGAGAUGUAUUCUUCAAGUCCUCAUCAUAUCCAUUCCAUGUAAUUUAUUGAAUGGACUAAUGGUUGGUUUCAUCAUGAGACUCGUAGAAAAUUCUUCGAAUUGGAAUAUCGAAAUGGCUCUGAUGUAUGGCUUCACAUGCAUAGCCAUAUAUCCGCAUGAAACAUUAAUGAAACUUAAGGACCUGGGUGCUAAAGGAAAACAUUUAUCCGAUUUUUUAGAAGGAGAAUCGAUUUUCGGCACCGCAACUUGCAUUAUUAUGAUUUUGGUUGCUAUGCAACAUCAGAAUGGAUUUUUUCAUAAUGCUGAACAUAUAAGCCUCUUUAUUUUUCAAUAUAUAUUUGGAGGGUUCAUCAUAGGAUGUGUAUCAGGCUUCGUACUAACCAGGCUCAUAAAAAUGUUCUACAAUGAUGCCAUCAAUAUCAUGAUCAUAUCCAUAUCAGCGCCAUUCAUGGUUUACUACGUGUGUAUUUACGUGUUUCAUACUUGUGGCAUUCUGGCCCUAAUUAUGGUAGGAAUCUUCAUGAGUACUCAAAGGGCAGAACUAACACCAGAAAUCGAUUCAUCCCUGAUUUAUUUCUGGGAACUGGUUGUGCUCAUCAUAGAUUCUGUCGUGUUUGCCGUGAAUGGUGUUGUGGUUGGCGUUGAAGUGGUGCAGUAUAUCGAAUUUUCGGAUAUAGUCAAGAUUGGAAUUGCCUACAUGGUUACAUAUUUCUCGAGAUCGGCUACCUUCAUCCUUUUUUCCACCAUACUCAGCAGAUUAGAGUACGGUAUCUCAUUUCGUCAUAUGGUAAUGGCUGCCUGGGGAGGGCUACGUGGAGCAGUGAAUUUAUGUCUAGUCAUGAUAUCCCUUCAGGGAGGAAGUAAUAUGGCAUUGUUCCAGGGAACUGUACUGGUCCAUAUUAAUGGCGUUGUGUUCCUCUCUCUACUCAUAAACGUUCCAACCAUUCCAUAUCUGUUGAAUUGCCUUGGAAUAUCGAAUUUAUCUAUGGCUAGACAGCACAAUAUGAACAACUGUGUGCAUCAUAUUAUGGCUAAGAGAGACAGGGUUAUAGCUUUACUUAAAAUGGAUAGAUUUUUGGCCGAUGCCAAUUGGUCUGUUGUCGAUUCUUCAACUGUUAUCAAGCAUCCCUACAAAGGACAAAGAGAUGUGGAUACAGAUCGAGAUUACCACAUGGGAUUGAAAGGCAGCAUUUGCCCAGAUUGCCACAAAGAAGUUGCCAAUCAGCCGACACAAAAAGAAAUCGAAGAAAUGAGAAGAGAAGCAAGAAUGAGAGUUUUGAAAGCAAAGAAAAUAUCAUACUCCAGGCAAUACGAGAAUGGGAUGUUGAGCAAAGAGGCUUUAACAGCUCUUACUCAUGCCGUCGAAGUAGCUCAAAAUAACGAAGAUAUCUACUUGAAGAUAGACAACUUGCUGAAACUUUUCAGGAAAAAGUUGUUUCUUCAGCAAGUGAGGAACUAUCUAACUAAAUAUUUUCACACGAAAAUUUCGAGUCACAUGCCCAAACCACCUCGAAAACCGAGAAGGAGGUUCUAUUACAGAAUCUUUCACCAUCCAGCUUACAUUUGCACCACGUAUAUCGUCAUUAUUCUGAAUGUGGUUAGCUCAUGUUAUGAGUUACUUUUAUCGAACUACGAUGAACAAUUCAUUGAGAUGUGCGCGAUUAAAGCUCUAAAUUGGGCUUUCUUUCUCUAUUUUCUCAAUGACGUGGUCUUGAAAAUUUACGGCAUGUCCUACUUAUACGUUUGGCGUGAUGGCAUGAGAACCUAUUUCAAAGAUUGGUGGCAUAUACUGGACGUUUCACUGCUGCUGGUGUCUGCCGCUGAUCUAGCCCUUGACCUUCUGGACAUCUUGAACUUAUUUCAGAAGUACGAGUCCUUUCAAAACAAAACAACAGUGUUCUUGAAACUUCUGAGGGCCAUACGCUUACUCAGACUAAUUACCCUAUGCAAAAUAGUGUAUCCAUUAGUGAUAAAGUUUUGCGAUAUGCGAAUAGAUACCCAUUUGUCCACAGUGUAUGACAUAGGAAAGGGUUUUGUGAAAGGGGAAGAAGAAGUCUUGGGUAUGCUCGAUCAGAUGAUUCCAAACAUGAAGAUACGGCAGGAGAUGCGCCUUACCAUGGAACGCGACAAGCUGGCAGUGACGAAAGAACUAGGACUCAUCCAGAAGGAGAAACCGUGGAUUGCGAUAACAGUCAAGACCAAACAGGCCAUAAGGACAAUUUUGAACAACAUGGAGACCGCCAUUGAUGAUUUGCGAUCUUCAGGUUGGGUCGAUCAUAUAGAAUAUAAGAAACUGACGGAAUCACUGAACACGAGGAGGAAGCAAGUUCGACAAAUGAAGAUGAUCAACUCUUGUCCCCCAAAGGUCAUUUUUCAGGAAAUUAUUUGGAUGGCGGACGAAUCCCACGUUAUCGAGUUCUUAUUCGAUCAUGUGACUACGAAGAUCUAUGAACCUGGUGACGUUAUAUAUUCCGAAAAUCAGAAACCUUGUGGAGUGAUCAUUAUAAUUACUGGUCUUUUCAAAAUGACCUACAGACCUGAGAAGAAGGUACUAGACGCUCUUAAAACCUACGGUUUACUCCCUGUAAUCGACUUCAUAUCAUCGUCAAAAUUCGACAAAAACAUAGACGACUAUAUAGUAUCUGGAAACUGCAUAGGAGAAUUGAGUUACCUCACUGGACGACCAUAUAAUGCCACUAUAGUAGCUGAUACCCCCAGUCAAGUUUACGUUUUACCGACACAUCUAUUGGAAGAUGCCGCCAAGUUGAGUCCUAAUUUGGUUAAAGGGCUCAAGGCAAGGAUAUGGAAGUAUAUUUCGAUACGAUUGGCCGUUUGUAUCUUACUGAAAACCCCAGCCUACGUUGCAUGUUCACAGGAGAGAUUGCGUUCAGCCUUAGAAAGGUGUUUCGUACCCGAUUUGGAAAACUUUUCGAUCUUUGUCAAUAACACUAUGAUUGAGGAUAUCAUACUCAUCGAAGGAGUAGUUGUUGAUGACAAUACCAAGGAGAAUUUCAUUGCUCCUUGUUAUAUUCCAAGGACAGCGCAAAGGCUCCUCCUUGUUCGAAACCAAAUAGAAGAACUAGGGAUUACGGUUUUGCCGAAACUAUUGGUGAUACCUUCGAAAGAGGUGGAUGCGGAGGAUAUUAUGGACGCGGAGGAAGAUAUGUCGGACAUGUUUCAGAGGAGCGAUCUUCAGUCGGUAGAGUUUUCUAGGAGCAAGUCUUCUCGGGUUUUCAGACGAAGAAAGAGAGCCCGAAGCUCGUUUGCUGAGUCUGUAAGAUCGACAAGAAUUGACUUUUCAGACGCCACCAGCUACUCCAGAUCGGCUGCUUUUUCCACUACGAGUCGUCCCACUAUUAGGGAGUUCGAAUUGCCGGAUUUCAAGAGAAGGUCAUUGAUGCCAGACGUUUCCAAUGAAAACACCACGUCUUUGCUGUCGAAUCCUUUGCUUAUUCACUCUAGAAGACAUAUAGAGCUCGAAGAGGAUGUGCGUUCAGAUAUCAGGAAUUCUUUCGAUGACGUGCUCAUUUCAGAAAGGGCUGAAAGGAAUGCUUCGAGAAUGUCGAGAAAGUCCAUCCUUCGCAUUGUCACCGAUGUUUCUCCGAAGCAAUUGAGCUCUCAAGAUUUUCGAAAUGAAUUUCAAGAAGAGGAGAAGGAAAAUUUCCAGGGGCGGCAUCCCUUUUCCAUAGAUGAGAACGAAUCCGUAGAAUCAUAUAAAAGUGAUCAUAGAUCACAGCCCAAGGACCAAUCUUGAGGGAAACUGAUUCCAGGAACCUUAUUGAUCACUUUGUAUGGAAUAUAAUAAAAAAAGUUUUCGUAA